UAGUGUAAAGGUUGAGACCAAGAUGGCCGCCCCCAUCAGUGACAUGUUUUCGUUCUGCGUGGACCCGGGCAGAAUCAGCAGUUCUGUGGAGAUCCGCUUAAUUGAUAAGAUCAAGGGUAAGGGUUUAUUCGCCAAGAGAACAAUCCGGAAAGGAGAAACCAUAUUUGUUGAGCGCCCUCUAGUGUGUGCGCAGUUCCUGUGGAAUGCCUUGUACAAAUACAGAGCCUGUGAAUACUGCCUGCGCUCUCUGGAGACAGCGGAGGAGAACGGGAGGAGGCUGAGCGGGAAUCCCUGCCUGACCCUCCCUCACCCGGAGCAGUGUCGGGUGCGGAGAGAACUGCACGAGGCCUGCCCACAGUGCCAGGUGAUGUACUGCAGCAGCGAGUGUCGGCGGGCAGCACAGGAACAAUACCACCAGGCCCUGUGUCUGGGCCCCUCCAGGGAAGAACCCGAGCACCCCCUGAACAAGCUGCAAGAGGCCUGGCGGAACAUGCACUAUCCACCAGAGACUUCCAGCAUCAUGCUAAUGGCCCGCAUGGUGGCCACAGUCAAGCAGGCUCGGGACAAAGACCACUGGUUGAGCCUUUUCUCCCAGUUCUGCAGCCGGACCGCCAACGAGGAGGAGGAGAUUGCACACAAGCUCCUGGGGGAGAAGUUCCAGGGGCAGCUGGGCGUGCUGAAGCAGUUGUUCACUAAAGCACUUUAUGAUGAGCAUCUCCGCAGUUGGUUUACGCUUGAAGGAUUCCGGUCGCUCUUUGCGUUGGUCGGGACUAACGGCCAGGGUGUUGGAACUAGCUCUCUCAGCCAGUGGGUUCAUGGAUGCGACUCUCUGGAGCUCCGAGCCAGAGAAAGGGAGCAGCUGGAUGCCUUCAUUGAUCAGCUCUACAAGGACAUUGAGAAAGAGACUGGGGAUUUCCUAAACUGUGAAGGAUCUGGGCUCUUUCUCCUGCAGAGCUCUUGUAAUCACAGCUGCAUCCCUAAUGCUGAAGCAUCUUUCCCAGAAAAUAACUUCCUGCUGCACCUGACUGCUCUCUCUGAUAUCAAGCCUGGAGAGGAGAUCUGUAUCAGCUAUUUAGACUGCUGUCAGAGGGACCGUAGCAGACACAGCCGGCGCAAGAUACUCAGGGAGAACUACCUAUUUGUGUGCUCAUGCCCCAAGUGUGUGUCUCAGGCGGACGAGCUUGACGUCACCUCGGAGGAGGAGGAAGAGGAGGACGAGGAAGAGGAAGGGGAAGGGGAGGGGGAAGGGGAGACGGAGGGGGACGACUUGGAAGAUGAGAUGACAGACGUCUGAUAGGACACACUGAUGCACCCUCGUUGCAGUGCUUCGAACGCAUGGGCCAGGGGGAUUAGAUUGCUUUAGGAUUCUAUUGCAGGCUAUGCAGUCCAAGAGCAGGGAAACACUUGUUGUUCACAUCCAUGGGGCAUAAACAGGGCCAUUCCAUAAAUCUUAGAACUGACUGUAUUGUCAAAAACUAUACAUAAUAAAAUGUUUUCCUAGUAACCAAGUACACAAUUCAACAUAUUUUCAAUUACUAGCAAAUUUAUUGACUCUGUAUAUGUAAUUAUGUCUGGUGUAAAACUAUGUGAAGCUUAUCCACUUAGUUUUAGUUUUGUAUAGCUGUACCUCAGACAUUUGUAUGCCUGUACUUUGGGUGGGCAGGUGUGAGGCAUUUAAAUAAUAUUGUUUUAUUUCAUUUACAUUUUUAUGUUGACCAUCUGAACAAAACCCAGGGUCUUACAAAAUACAGUAAGAAAUCACUCACCUUUUAGAGUAUGCAUUUGGGUGAGGUUCUUCAAUGAAUUUAAUUAUACAAUAUAUUUCAUCACUUUCAGUUUGAGUCGUUUCUCAGCAGCUGAGCUGACGACAUUCCAUGAUUGAGUGGGGCUGUAUUUCAAGUCAACAAUAGGAAAACUUUGACACCAGUUUCAUUUGCUGUGAGUUUUCCUUAGCUUGGAAAUCUUUGCUGGUCAGAAGCAAAGAAUACAUUGAAAAAUAUUUCAUUAAGUAGCAAAGCCCCAGUAACCUAGUGAACAAUUAACAGGUGUUUGAAUAAAGAACUAGUCAGCUCAGAAACAAGUACUUUGCUAGAGAAGGGGAGUGAUUUAUUACGGUAUUUAAUGAAAGCUGAAAACGAUCAAGCCUACUUACAGGAAAAUAAUGUUUGUGAAUCUGGCAUUUUGAUUUGUUUUAGAGGGACUUGAUGUGUGUUUUGUUUUUGUUUCUGUGCUUGUUAAUUCAGAUGUAUGCUUUUGCAUUCCUUUAAUGCUUGUACAAACGUGGCUGACCGACUCACUAAAACAAUCUGCUUCUCCUGUCUGACCACUAGAUGGAAUAACAGCUAUGGCUUUUAAAGCAGUGCAUUUUUAGGACACAAGAUAAUCGCUCUCCCUUCCCUAAUUCUAGGUCUAUGGGACCAUUAUCUCUCCACUAGCACAUGAUAAGAUAUGUAUUCAAGGAAUGGUCUAUUCUGUAGUUAUAUGUAUUUAUCUCAUUUGUAACUUUACAGAAGUUACAGCAAUUUAGAAUCAUUACAUUAUUCCUAACAGUUAUUACCCAACUAGAUUUCAGGCACAAUUCUGUGUACAUUAAUCACCAAAUUUAAGAAUGCCUCCCAUCCUGUCCUUUACUUUUGUAGUCGUGUACGACCAGCAGUUGUUUAUUUUAACGACUUGCCCACUAUUCAGAUAAAAUUACUUUCUAUUUAGGUUACCAUUCAUUCAAAUGUAUUAAGACAGUACGUUUCAGACUUGUUCGGGCCUUCCAAAUAGCGCUGUCCUGUAUUGCAAAUAACUAUUUACUAAUAAAAAAAAAAUAUCACAAUAUAGAUGUUUUAUUGUAAAAACUGGAAAUAUAUGAAUGAUGUAACAAAAAUAUAUACUGUAGUUUAGCGUUUCUCAAAUGCCUGUUACCGUUCUCCUUUGUCCUUACUGGGGGGCGGUACUAUAGCUCAUGCACUUCCUGACUGAGUCAAAUGGUACCAGUGAGCCAGCCUAAAACAAUCUAAAUAGGCAAGUUUAUUAAGUGAUCUUUACACUUGACACCUCUUAAAGGGAUCUUGCCUAUAUAAUGCAAGGCGGCUUCAUGUCUAUUGGCUUAAAUGCGUACAUUAUGUGGCUGGUGUCCCUUCGGUUCCAGUUACGAGCUAUUUCAUUGUAACCCUGAUUGGCGUUAUGUUUGUUAGCGAUAACCUUGUUUUCAGGAGGUUAUUUGCUAGAAGUGCAUAGAAUCCAUAAGAUUAUAUUCGCCCACUGUAGUUUAGUCCAGGGGUGGCCAAAGAUGGCUCUUCCAGUCCUGGUCUUUGUUCCAACCCUGUUUUAAAUUGUUUAAUUGAACCAGUAGCUGAGCUGAGCCACAAGGAAAUGACACCAUGUACCGUUAAAAUAAACUCCAGUUCUUUUUUAUAGUGCACACUGCUUGCAUUAAAGUUUGCUUCUUAUUCCAGGGCUGAAAUUAUUUCCUAUUUAAAAAAAAAAAAAAAAGACGAGCACUGCUUUAUGGUCUUGCUUUAUGGUUUUGCUUUAUGGCUCAUUUAAAUCCAACUUUUAAAAGCACCCCCAGCCUAAUGUAAUCAGUUCCAAGUGGAAUACAGACAACAUACUGCCCUUGAAAAAAAUGUCAGCCUUGCUGUCGAACAAGAAAAUACUGCAGUUAAUAAAGUCCAUUAUUAUUA